UCAGGACUGAAGCUGCCCUAAGGCACCGGCCGCCGGGAUGGCCUCCAGCUUUAAGAAGCCCUCGCUAGGAGCCGCCUGCCAGAGGAAGAAAGCGAGUCCCAAGCUGGAGCUCACUGAGGAGCAGAAGCAGGAGAUCCGGGAGGCUUUCGACCUGUUUGACACAGACGGCAGCGGGAACAUAGAUGUUAAGGAGCUAAAGGUGGCCAUGAGAGCACUAGGGUUUGAACCUAAAAAAGAAGAGAUCAAGAAAACGAUAUCAGAUAUCGAUAAGGAAGGAACAGGAAAAAUCAGCUUCAGUGACUUCUUGGUAGUGAUGACACAGAAAAUGGCUGAAAAAGAUUCCAAAGAGGAGAUUCUCAAAGCUUUCAAACUCUUUGAUGACGAUGAAACUGGCAAAAUCUCUUUCAAAAACCUCAAACGUGUCGCCAAAGAACUGGGGGAAAAUCUCACGGAUGAAGAGCUGCAGGAAAUGAUCGAUGAGGCAGAUAGAGAUGGGGAUGGGGAAGUGAACGAGCAAGAAUUCUUGCGGAUCAUGAAGAAGACCAGCCUUUACUGAAACAGAAUUCUGUUUAUUUUUGCACGUGUAUAUAUGUUGGAUAACUGUAAGGGCUCUGGGCUGUGAAUUGG